AUGAUGGUCGUCUAUAUUUUUUCCAACCUUAUCGGUCAAAAAGCUUUCGAUCAUUUUGUGAAGGUCGAAGGCUUUCUUCUCAAGUGGAGACUGGCCGCCGUCGGCGGCUGUGGUUACGCCGGAUUCCUCUUUAGAUUGAAGCGCUGUAAGCGCUUUUUUAAUUCCAUCGAGCGUAUCUUUUGUAUUCCUUUGAUCACCGACGAUCUUUGUCACCGCUGCCUGCAGCUUAUUUAUGGCUUCGUCCGCCGUGGCUUUGAGGAGGUUGAAGAGUUUUUCUUCCACUUCGGCGUUGGUGGCCUUCUUGCCGAAUUCCUCUUUGAUGCCGUUGAAGAUGUUGAAGGAUAUGUUUGA